AUGGCCACUAGGAACCUCUUGAACUUCAGCCUGGGCCUUUUCGACGUCUCCAUGGCCGUGGCAUCAUCAUCAUCAGCCCAAUCCCUCACCAUCGGCUCCCCCUCCCACCCCCCCUUCGGCCUUCCCCCUUCCGACUUCGCCCUCGCCAUCGCACACCCCGUCUCGAACGCCUCGUUUCCAACCACAGGCUACAACACCUCCAUCCCCGCCGGCCCCGCCGACGCCACCGGCAGUGAAAUUCCCGGGUGGUAUCUCUCCAUCAGCGUGGCAGCCAACAUACCCUUGACCAACGCAUCCUCCAUAUCGGCAAGAGACAAGAAGAGCAAAUUCACCCAGGCGGCAGUCCUAUCGCUUGUGCCUCCCUCUACGUCUACCCACCGACAGGAAGGGCUAUACUUAGACGCCGAAAGCUGGAGGGUGUGCGCCAUCGUGUUUACCGCGGGGUUAUCGGAUGAGACGACGGAGACGGCGCAGACGGCGAGGUUGGACGGCACUUGUGCGGCGUUGUUGCCGAGUGAGUGUAUUCAGGGGCUACAGAUCAAUAGCGUUGCAAAUAACACCGGGAAGGACAAGGAUGAUCUAGGGGCGUGUGGGAGUUUGGCGGUUCCUGAUGCGUGUUUGGAGUACUUUGGGGGGACGAUCGGGGUUGGGUAUGAGAUCGAUAGCAGCAACUUUGAUCAAAGCAAUCGACGAUAUUCCUUCUUUGCGGGGGCUUCGGCUCCAGCUGGCAAAGACAACGCCUCGGCGCUUGUGGCUAUGGAGCGCGUGGUAUGGCCGGUGGUGAUAACGUGGACACACUUCUCUUCUAGCGGUGAGGUUCAUGAUAGCGCUGGCUGGCUGUCUUGCGUUAAGGCGCCGAACAAUACGAAUUGGAUAGCUGCGAAGAAUGCAGGAAUGGGCAGGGGAAAGUCUAUGUGGGCUUUGAUAGUUGCCCUUGUCUUGACGGGUGUUGUAACCGCCAUCUAAAUCGAUUUGUAGUUCGAUGACCCAAGACCGGGCUUACAUGGGUGGAAUGGAAUCUCG